AAUAUUGUUUCUUCGGUAGAUCUCGGGUGUCGAAUAGAACUCCGCCGUCUUGUUCUUCAUGUUCGAAGUGCGGAAUAUAAUCCAAAGAGGUUCCCUGGUGUCGUUAUCCGUCUGCGAGAUCCAAGAUGUGCUUGCCUCGUUUUUUCUACCGGAAAAUUAGUUUGCAUGGGUGCACGAUCCGAGAGUGAUUCAAACUUAGGCGCUCGAAAAUGUGCGCGCAUUGUCCAGAAGCUCGGCUUUGAUGUUCACUUCAUUAACUUUAAAAUUCAAAACAUCGUCGCAUUGGUUGAUUUCCGUUUUCCGAUCCGAUUAGAAGGUUUGCUCUUGGCUAACGAACAAAUGACACAGUACGUUUCACAUAUUCUUUAG